AUGGCAGCCGCUUCAUCGCCAUGGUUGCAUGCCCUCGGUCUCCGAGGAGGAGGCAUAGAUGGCAUAUUGACGGAUGACAACGACUAUGCAUUCUUCAAGCAGAAGUUCAAAAAGAAAGAUCAGAAAGCGAGGAAAGCGAUUGAGCGAAAGGGGGGCAGGGACGUUCGGGUCUUCAGGGACGAGGACUACGUCAAGAAGAAAGCGAAGGCUUCGCCGGAUCUCAAGAGGCUGGAGAGCAUGCAGGAGCAGAGGCGAGCCUUCUUCUUGAAGCAGUUACAAGUCACGAGCAGCGAUGACCUGCACAAACUCCUCUGGGAGGCUGUAGAACUUGGGCAGGAUCUUCUCGUGCGGCAGAGCGUGCAGGCAGGAGCAGACGUGAACACUCGAUACUCUACGAUUCCAGGAGACUGGGCAGGCUUUGACAUGACCAACAUCAACGCUACUGUCCUCCACGUUGCUGCCCGGAAUAACUACUCGAGCAUCGUUGAGUUCCUGAUCGAGAAAGGAGCAGAUAUCAAUGCGCAGACUCGGUUUGGGAUGACCCCGCUUAUGACGGCCGCCCACAGAGGGUCUACGAAUGCUGCCAUUGCUCUAGUGCAAGCAGGAGCUGAUCUCUGGGUCAAAGACACUCGGAUGGAGGCGAAAGUGAGCCGUUCUCGCAGCGGCUACAUCGCCGCUCAGAUCGCGGAGAUCUUUGCUGCUGACUGGAGGAUCGCCUUGUGGCUGCGUGAAGUCUGCGAGUGGGACCAGGAGGGAAGAGCAGCUGCCAUGCCGCGACCGCUGGGUGAGGAACCCGAUGAAGGGGGCCACGAGGAGGAGGAAGUGGAGGAAGAAUAG